GCCUCGUUCAAAUGCCUUUCCAGGAAACAAUCAGAGUCAAUGUACUGAUGUUGAAAACCAGUGGAGAAUUUCACAAAGGACAGGUUAUUUUUAAUAUCACCUAUGUUAAUGGACAGGUAUAUCUAAAUGAUUUUCCUAUGAAGAGCGGGGUUACCCACAUAACAUGUCAAACAAUAAUCUUGGAGAAUGGAAGCUUGGAUAAUUUGCCAGAUCAGCAGCGCCUGGGAACUGUCCGUGUUCGCAUCAUGGUUCAUGAGUGGCCUUUGGCAUCCAGUUCUGAUGUGCAGCUGAUUGUCAUUCAGGAAGAAGUGACAGAAAUUGAUGGAAAUCAGAUUCAGCAAGAAGAAGUAACUGAAAUAGAUAUUUUAGUAAAGGAGCUGAGAGUACUCAGGCAUUCAAACUACACUGUCCCUUUGAAAGAAAGCAUGCUGUAUUCCAUCCCUAGGGACAAUGAUAUGUUAUUUACCUUUCCCAACCUCUUAGGAAAAGAUAUUCAAGAUCCACUGCAAACUACCAGUCAGUAUCUUAUCCAGCAAGUAGAAACGACAGUAGAUGAAGAGACAUUACCUGGCAAGUUACCAGAGACCCCUCUUAGGAUAGAACCUCCAUCUUCUUAUAAGGUGAUGUGCCAGUGGGUAGAAGACUUGAGAAAAGGGUUGUGCAGAUUCUGGUUUCGGUCUUUUCCUAUAUUCUUUAAUCUGAUGGAGGUCAUUGUGGUCGGAGUUGUUGGGGCAUCUCUUAUUCUGAAAGUCUUAAAGGUGAUUUUCCCUUCGUGCGAACACAGAGGUAUCCUUCUCCUGGAUCCAGUCAGCUUUGUACCGGUGAUUACCAUCAGCCUGCCUUCAGAUGUUCCAGACAGGAAAAAUAAUUUAGAUGAGAAAGCAUGCACUUAAUGCUCUGUUACUUUGGAGUUUUAUUUUUAUUUUUAAAUGAAUUUUUAGUUUACCUGAAAUUUGGCACUUGAUUUUAAUAUCUUGUUUGCUUCCUACUAAGAAAACAAAGUCAGUUGAUAAAUUGGUAAGGGACACUGAGGCUGAGGCCCAAAGCUGACUUCCCUGUGCCUCUGCAUAAACAUACAGCCUUUUCAGAAGCCUCAGAAUAAAAUAGCUUUCCACCCUGAGGGCUACCAUUUGUUUUAACUUCUGUGAAGUCACUUCUCAGCAGCUUGGACAGGAUGCUGGCUGCCUUUGCACCCACAGAUAGACUAAUUCAGCUAUCUUAAAUAGUGAUAUGAAAUUCAGGGUGUUGUGAAGUCUUGAAAUAGCAUUCUGCAGAAAAGGACAAGAGUAGCACAGACAUUACAUAUGCCUGCAAGCCAAAACAAAGCUACCCAACCUGGUUUCAGGUCCAACAGGGUUGAGCGUGCCUUGCAAGGAAAAUAUCACUACCACAUACUUGUGUUGCUAAAGAAUUUGGUGUAUAUAUACAAAACAAAGCUUAAAAAUACAGUUUUAUAUUUCAAGCACUUUAUACCAGAACUUUCUUUCAUGGCCCCUUACUCUCAUAAAAGUUAUUAGCACUUGUAAACUUGUAAUUGGCAUGCUUACCGUGUGCUUUUUUGUAUCCAUGACAGCAGUACUAUGUAAAGUCUCCAAAAAAAAAAAAA